AGGAUAUUCUGUGUACUUGUCUUCUCCUUAAAACCUAGUAAUAGUAUACUCAUUUCUAGUUCGCCUUUUUAGUUUUAAUCAAUUCUGAAUAACGAGUGAGAAGGAAAACCAAACCUUUUCAUUUUGUCCUUUCUGCAAUGAAUUUCUGAGUUUUAUCGAUUCUUCAAUUCUCAUCCAUUGUUAUCUGAUUAUUGGUUCUUCUAUAAGAGUGAUUGUAAUUAAGUUGGUUCAUGGAGAUGGACGAAGAUUUGAUCAAUGCUUGCAAGGAAAAACUGUUUCAAUUCCGGAUCAAAGAGCUAAAGGAGGUCCUUACUCAAGUAGGCCUUCCCAAGCAAGGGAAGAAGCAGGAUCUUACAGAUAGAAUUGUGGCUUUGCUUUAUGAUGAAGGCACUCCAGGUUUGUUCAAGAAUAAUGUGAAUGGGAAGGAAAAGCUGGUGGAACUUAUUAAUGAUGCUUAUAGAAUGUUGCAAGAAUCGGGAAUGAACGGUUCAAGUUCAAAGAAACCAAAUAGUUCAGGUUCUAGUAAAGUGCAGCCUAAAGAGGAAGCUGAAGAAUCGUGUGAGUUGGACAGAAAAAUUCGAUGUCCUUGUGGUUGUGACGUGCUCUGUGGCGCCCGCCCAUUGGUUCAGUGCGUGGAUCCAGAUUGCAAUGUGUGGCAACAUACCGAUUGUGUGAUCAUACCCGAGAAGCCUACAGAAAAGAUUUCUAUGCCAACUCGGUUUCUAUGUGAUUUAUGUCGAGUGAAGCGUGCUGACCCCUUUUGGGAAACUCUGGCACACCCAUUGUAUCCUGUCAAGUUGGCACCUUCCAAUCUUCCAGUUGAUGGUACACACCCACAUCAAGCUGUGGAAAAGACCUUUAAAUUAACAAGGGUAGAUAGGGAUUUAUUGCUAAAGACUGAGUAUGAUAUUCAGGCUUGGUGUAUGCUUUUUAAUGACGGGGUUCCAUUUAGGAUGCAUUGGCCGUUACAUGCAGCUCUUCUGAUAAAUGGUGUACCAGUUAGGGCUGUGAGUAGGGCUGCUUCACAGCUGCUGGGAGCUAAUGGUCGCGACGAUGGAGCAAAAAUUACUAUGUACAUUGUGGAAGGACCUAACAAGAUUUCUUUAUCAUGUAUUGACUCCCGAUCUUUCUGUUUUGGAAUCCGACUUGUUAGAAGGCGGACAUUUGAGCAGGUUCGAAGCAUGAUUCCAAAGGAAUCUGAUGGUGAGCCAUUUGUGGAUGCACUUGCUCGCGUUCAGCGUUGCAUUGGUGGCGGUGCUACGACGGGCAAUGAUGACUAUGAUAGUGAUCUAGAGGUCAUUGCUGAUUCAAUCACAGUUAAUCUUAGGUGUCCGAUGAGUGGCUCUAGAAUGAAGACUGCUGGAAGAUUCAGAGCUUGUGCACACAUGGGUUGCUUUGAUCUUGAAACUUUCGUAGGACUUAAUGAACGCUCUAGAAAGUGGCAAUGCCCUAUCUGUUUGAGGAACUAUUCUCUUGAAGAUGUUAUUGUUGACCCCUUCUUCAAUCUUAUUCUGAAAAAGAUGCAAAGUUGUGGAGAAGAAAUAUAUGAGAUUGAUUUGAAGCCUGAUGGUUCUUGGCGAGUAAGAAAUGUUCGUGAUGUUGGAGAUCUUGCACAGUGGCACUGUUCUGAUGGUUCGGUCCAGUUUUCUUCCUUUCCACAACCAACUAGAGAAUCUGCUUUAGAAGGCAAUGUUUCAAAAGUUGGCAUGCAGAAUAAUUUUUGCAACGCCCAUAUUGAUGGACAAGGGAAUGAAGUUGAAAAUUUUGACCAGAAUAUCAUAACAAUGAGCAGCACUACCACAGGAGAUGUCAAAGAUGAGGAAGACCCAAGCAUUAAUCAAGAUGGUGCGGAGCAGUUUGGUGCUUCUGAUAUGAACGAACCUGAAAUAAGUUCAGCCCUGCCUAACAUGGGCCAAACUUAUGAAUCUAAUCACCAAAAUGCUGAUGUCAUUGUUCUCAGUGAUUCAGAAGAUGAUGUCAGUCUGGUGUAUCCUGAAACUACUCCUGUGGUUGAUCAUGAAGGAUACUCUAUUUCUGCCCCUGAAAAAAAACUCAGCUCUUCUCCUGCUAUUGCUUCUGAAGAAGACCCUGGUGUUUUCAAUGGGAGUGCUGGUGGUUUUCCGAUUAGUCAUCCCUCUACACUUUUGAACCCUCAAGUAGAUCCUCAGUUUAACUGCUUUGGUACUUCAGAUGCCUUGCUUGAUGAGCAUAAUACUGCAUUCUACUCAGGCUCUGUUAAUUGCAUGCUAACAACGGGAUCCAGUGUGGAUCCUGUUCAUCAUAUGAUGAAUUCAUAUGAUCACCGCAAUACGUCUUUUGACCAUCAAUUUGAAUCUGCAAAUGGGAAUAUCGCUUUGGAACUUCUUGUUUCAUGUCCAACUGUUUCCGGAAAUGAGCUUCAACUUUUGAAUAAUAAUCCUAGUGAGGAUUGGAUUUCUUCAAAAACAGGGACCAAUGGAAAUGAGAGUUCCAGCAGCAAUGUGGAGGCUCAUGUCGACACUACUGGUGAAAUAGGGAUGGAUGUGCAAACCCAGUUUACAAGUGAAGAUUCUUUACUUCAAAGCACUCCUGGUGACUGUGGACCUGGACCUGGAUCUGAAACUGACCAUACUGCUAACAGGAAAAGGUCCGGUGCUCCGUUUAUAUUUCCUCGGAAGCAAAGAUCUUUGAGAAGAAGACAGUUACUUAUACGACCAUCGAAGAAUGUAGUAUUUAGAGGAAGCUGAUUGUAGUCUACACAUGUAGGUCGUGUAAUAAGCUGGACAGUCAGAGGCUUUCAUGAGAUUGGUUUUCUUUAUAUAUAUUUCCCCUUUUGAGAGCCCAUUUUAUCACGCUUUAUCAAAUUCUGAGCCCUUUUCCUCCUUGCAGCUUUUAAAAAUUUUUUGGAGAACUUUAUGUGAUUACUCAUCUGUUAAAUGAAUGUUCAGAAUGUUACUGUCUGCAAUUGCUUGAAGAUCAGACAAUUUUGCCUAGUGGGGACUAAUCGCUUCCGUGUAUCAGGUCCUGAGUCUGAUUAAGCAAUUUGUCGGAUGUAAAAGUACACAAACGAUGGAAGAAAUUUGCAAGAGGAAUGGGCUGCCUUUCUAUCGGCUUAUCUUGGAUGACUUCGAUUAUGAUUAACCAAAAGGAAAAAAGUUCUCCAAUUGUAGCUGUGUGAGAAAUCUCCUAGAAAAGUUCUCCAGACGGAUGCAUUAUCGAAGUCAUCGAAGAAGCAAAUGGUUGUGGUAAAAAUGUUUUUUCAGUAAGAAUGAAAGGAAAAACAUACCACAAGCUUGAAAUAGUGUUUGAGAAAGUUAGAAAUAGCAAAUUAGAAUGCUUAACUCCGAUUGUAGUAUGUAAAUAUUGGUUAUGCUAGAAAUAGGGAAUGUCAAGUAUUGGUGUAUUUUGUUUGAUUAAAACUAAUUGUGGAACAUAAUGGUAAAUGGUAAAUGGUAAAUGGUAUAAAAUUACAGCCUCUGUACACUUGUUAGCAUUGAGCUGGGAGUGGUGGUUGUCUUGUUUCCA